AUGACUUCUUCAUCGGCCCUCGAGUUAAUGACGAUUAAGGCGGUCUAUACUCGGCAUGAAGGACAGAAUCCAACAAAUGUCACCUGCCUAUUUCCCAGAUCUGACUCUGGAUAUGGGUCAAUAGAUGGAGGUUCUGCAGACUCACCAAUCUCGCCACACCACUCUAGGGGCAAUUUUGUUUCGCAUAACGAUGAGCAUGAAAUUGUAUCACACCAUGGCCCAGGAACAUCAGCUGAGAGAUCCGAGGAUGGGGCUCCAUGCGCUACACCAGAGCAACUACCGAAGCUCUCUCAGGCCUCGCACUCAGGCCUAGCACUUCAUCGCCAACUCCUUGCGUGGAAGCCACAGCAGUUGAACCUGGUGUCCAGUAGUAAAGAUGCCACGAGCACGCUCCCCUUUCAACAGAAAUGUGGCGGUGGAGGCCUUCGUACGCCAGACAGAUUUGUCCCUUGGCGUGACAGCGAUGAGCCCAGCAGGCAGGUGUAUCAGACAACAAAGUCUUUCCAAGACCUCUCGCCGACCGAGAAGUUGCUGAGAAGAAAGAGGGCCCCUUUAACUCCAUUCUCAACGCUUUCACGUCCUCAGCGACCCCAAACACAUGUCUCUGACGAAAGUCGCGCAGCAUUGGCUGGUCAGCCCCAAGGCCGAGGUCUGUCCAGCUCCCCAGGGUUAGGUGGUGGAGGUAGAGCUGUGGAGGCUGGUUUGCUGAUCGAGAUCGAUAGCGAGGAGCCCUUCUUCACGCAUCUACUCGACCACGAGACAACCAAGCCAAGGCAAUGUAUGGAUAGUAGGCGGCCUAGCUCCUAG